CGACGGACGACGACACGUUUCUCUAUGGCUUCCCCCAGCUCACGAUUGCUCUCGCUUUGUUUGCUGUUAUGUUUUGCUCUCACAGCCAAUGCGCUUCAUUUCUACCUUGAUACCAACGAAAAGCGGUGCUUCAUUGAGGAGCUACCAACCGACACCAUCGUAGAAGGGCACUACAGGGCGCUUGAAUGGUCAGAGCAAACGCAAACAUACGUAGAGAAUCCCGAGCUGGGGGUAUUGGUGGAGGUCGAUGAACUCGAGACAAGUCAUAACGUCGUGCGGACACGUGGACCACCGGAUGGCCGCUUUACCUUUACCUCACACGAGGCUGGCGAUCACGCUAUCUGUCUUUCUGCGUCCUACCCUUCCUCAGGCUCGUGGUUCGGCUCGACACAUAUCCGAUUAUACCUGGACAUUGUCGUCGGUGCGACCAAACCCGACCUCGAACACGACCGCACACACGUAUCCGAAUUGUCUGCCAAAUUGCGCGACCUGAACCAGAAGCUGGAAGAUGUACGGCGCGAGCAGCAAUAUCAGCGUGAGCGAGAGGCAAACUUCCGCGACCUCAGCGAGUCCACGAACUCCCGCGCCGUUUGGUACAGUUUGGCACAGAUGAUAGUACUGGUGCUUACGUGCGCGUGGCAAUUGAGGCAUCUGAAGCGUUUCUUUGAGGAUAGGAAAAUGCAUUAACCUGUUAUUCUAUUUGGUGUUAUACACUGGGCCCUCCGUUUUCGCUGAA